AACAUUAAUUUUUUUUUCUUCAAUUUGUGCAAAAUUAUCGAGAAUUAAUAAAUAAUAAUUAGUUUGUUUCUUUCUCCAUGUAAACAUUUGUCAACAACAACAUUUAUAUUGUGUAAAAAUCGUGUGUAAAAGUCAAAAGUUGGGGCAGAGAAAAAAAAUUCAUUGGAAAGAAAUAGUUUGCGUAAAUAAUUUUCCACGAAAAAAAUUCUAAAUUCAAAAUAAUUGGAAAUUCAGUUUUUUUUUUUUGGUUUGUGUUUUGGGACUUUUAAAAUAUAAAAGUCACAGAGAAUAUAUUACAUAAGAAUGGCAACAAUAUCGACUGGUUCAUCAUCAUCAUCAUCAUCAUCAUCAUCAUCGGAUCCAAUGUGUGAAUCAUGGUGGGAUGGUAUAUUUCAAUGGCCUGAAUCUAAAUCCAAUACAACCGUACAGAUACCAUGUCAUAAAAUAUUUGCAACAACAAUGGGCAAUGUUGAUGCCGAUGAUUAUGAACGGCAAACAUUAUAUGCCCGUCGUCAAUGUGGAUCGAAUGGACAAUGGGGCUGGAAUAAUUGGACAAAUUAUACUGAUUGUUUAAAUCUAUUGGCAAUGCAAGAAAAAGAUUCCUCAACCACUGCUCGUAUACAAGGUGUUGUCAGUUAUAUUGCAUUAUUAUUAUUAAUCGCAUCAAUGGUCUCAUUAAUUAUAUCGAUCGUUAUAUUUGUUAGUUUCAAGCCAUUGAAAUGUUUACGUAUCAAAGUACACAAGAAUCUAUGCAUUGCAUUAUUGAUGAAUUGUUGUCUAUAUAUUAUAAUGAAUUUAUUGGUUAAUAUACAAAAAUUAGACAUAUCAACUAGUCUACCUUGGUUUUGUAAAUCAUUGAAAGCAUUGAAUAUCUAUUCAUCAAUGGCAACAAUUAAUUGGAUGUUUGUUGAAGGUUUCCUGUUCCAUAAAACAUUGUUGGCACCAUUCCAUCAGAAUACACGAAUCUAUUUAUUUGGUUAUUAUUUUAUUGGUUGGAUAUUUCCGGCUAUUUGUGUAUUGGCAUGGGCAUUAUCCGUUGAAUUUCUGUCAUCAGUUGGCGAGAAACUUUGUUGGGAAGGUUUCGGUAAUAGUAAUACAAUAUUCAUCGUCAGUGUGCCGAUGAUUAUCUGUGUUGCUGUCAAUUUUCUAUUUCUUAUCAACAUUAUACGUAUAUUAUUGAUGAAAUUACGUGCCGAUAACAAAUCGGAUAUUGUCACAAUGAAAGCCAUUAAAGCAACGGCAUUUCUAAUUCCAUUAUUGGGAAUACAUCAUCUUGUCGUAUUAUAUAAUCCAUCAACAUUUAAUCGUAAAUUGGUUAGCAUCUAUAUUGUCAUCAAUGUUAUGUUUCAAUCCGUACAGGGCAUUAUUGUAUCGGUACUAUAUUGUUUUACAAAUCAAGAGGUACGAACCGUUUUAAAUGCAGCAUGGUCAAGAAGACGAAUGAGUUUAGCAAACCCAUUAUCAAGUGGCACAAAUAUACCACCAGGUGGAGUUGGUAGUAACCAAAACAAACAACAACAGAAUCGUUUAAGACGUCAAAGUAAUGGAUCAAAUUCAUUUUCAUCAUUAAUUGUUAACAACAAUCAACAACAAACACAACAACAACAACAAGAUAAUCGUAAUAAUAAUAAUGGACAUCGUUUACCAAUAACGGCAACGACAAUAUCGACAUCAAGUUCACGUUCAUCAUCACCAAUGAUGUCAACGGGUAGAUUUUUCAACAACAACAACAAUAACAACAAUCAUUUGAAGCAAAAACAACCGAAACAACAAAAAUAA